AUGGGGAGUUCGUGCCUCGACCUCUCGCGCGCCCUCGGGGCGCCGAGGCGCCCGGGCAUCGCCGUCGCCGGCCGCGCUCACGGCAGAAGCUUGGUCGCAUUGUCUUCGUCGUCGUCAAGGAGGCGCGCCGAUGGUGGUGUGUCGUGCGGCAUCGCGAAUGGGUACCUGGGCGGUUUAUCAGGUGGCUCACGGCCGCCUUCCCUGCCGGUGCACGGCAAGAGUUCCGCGCCUGGUUCGGCGCCGGUGCCGGAUGAUGAUCACGCUGAAGGCCUCGGGAUCGGAGAGUUCCUUGGCGGCAAGAACUUCCUCAUCACCGGUGGAACUGGCUUCCUGGCAAAAGUUCUUAUCGAGAAGAUCCUGAGGACGAAUCCUGACGUGGGCAAGAUAUACGUGCUGAUCAAGGCCAAGGACACCGAGGCAGCAUUGCAGAGACUGCAAAACGAGGUAGUGGAUACGGAGCUUUUCAAGCGCUUGCAGGAGACCUACGGGAAAGACUACCACGGUUUCAUCGCUACCAAGCUGGUUCCCGUGGUGGGCGAUGUCAGGGAGGCCAACAUCGGCAUUGCCCCCGAGCUGGCCGAUGAGAUCUCUGAACGAGUGGAUAUCAUCGUCAACUCCGCUGCCAACACCACGUUCGACGAGAGAUACGAUGUUGCCAUGGACAUCAACACGGUGGGUCCAUUCCGGAUAAUGAGCUUCGCGCAUCGGUUCCGGAGACUCAAGCUGUUCCUGCAAGUUUCGACAGCAUAUGUGAACGGGCAGAGGCAGGGCGUGGUAUUGGAGAAGCCAUUUCGGUUGGGUGACACCAUAGGGAAGGAGUCAGGCUCCUCGGAUUCUUCAGGACAGCACAAGAACGCCGUGCUGGACAUCGAGGCGGAGAUCAAGCUUGCCUUCGACUCAAGAAGGCACGCCGAUGACUCGGCUUCGUUCUCUCAAGAGAUGAAGGAUUUGGGCCUAGAGAGGGCAAAGCUCCAUGGGUGGCAGGACACGUACGUGUUCACUAAGGCCAUGGGGGAGAUGGUGAUCAACAGUAUGAGAGGGGAGAUACCCGUGGUGACGAUCAGGCCAAGUGUGAUAGAGAGCACCUGGAGAGAUCCCUUUCCGGGAUGGAUGGAAGGGAACAGGAUGAUGGACCCUGUCGUCCUGUACUACGGCAAAGGCCAGCUGAGCGGAUUCCUCGCUGAUCCAGACGGUGUUCUCGACGUGGUUCCGGCGGACAUGGUCGUGAACGCGACGCUGGCUUCGAUGGCGAAGCAUGGGCGGCCGGCCGCGGCGGGUUCGAGAGGAGGAAUGCACGUGUACCACGUCGCGUCGUCGACGGUGAACCCGCUGGUGUUCGGCGACCUGAGCCGGUUCCUGUUCCAGCACUUCACGAGGUCGCCCUACAGCGACGCGGCGGGGCAGCCCAUCGCCGUGCCUCCCAUGCGCCUCUUCGACACCAUGGACCAGUUCGCCAGCUACGUCGAGGCGGACACACUGCUGCGGACCGCCAGGGCUGGUGCUGCUUCCGCCAGCGAGCGUCUCUCCCAGCGGUUCCAGGAGCUCUGCGCCAAGUCCAUCGAGCAGACCAUCCACCUUGGCAGCAUCUACCAGCCCUACACAUUCUACACCGGCAGGUUCGACAACGGCAACACGGAGGGACUAAUUGCCGAGAUGUCGGCGGAGGAGAAGGCGGCGUUCCACUUCGACGUGCGGAGCAUUGACUGGACGGACUACAUCACCAACGUGCACAUCCCAGGGCUCAGGAAGCACGUCAUGAAGGGGAGGGGCGUCACAGCCUCAGCCUCAGCCUCAGCCUCGGCCGCCGCCUCACCGUCCUCCUCCGCUGCGGUGCUCGCCGGCGCCACCACCACGGUGUGA